AAGAGUUGAAGUUCUGAAAAAGAAAAACAGAGGACCAUGUGGACGAAUUUCAUAUUAUUAUUUUCCCUCCUUUGUGGUUCAAACUCUAAAUUGAUUACAAUAUUUUUUUCUUGUUAAAAUUUACAUUUAUUUAAUAAAUAGUUACGACGAAGUCGCGGGAACAUAAAUGGCUCCCAGAGAGUGCGGACAACGGCAAAACACAAACACAAACCAAAUCAAGCCUGUUCCAAUGUUUUCUUUUUUGCAAUUAAUAAAAAGAUUUUCUGGAGAAAACAUUUUUCUGCUUUCUCUUCAAAACCGUUACAUUGAGACAGCGAAAACCUUCGAGGAGAUUUUUUUUCUAGGGACUUUCAGAAGAAAGCAGCAAACCCUAAAGAGAUAAAAGGGAAACUAAUUUACUUUUUUUUUUCUUUUCUUUUUGAAACUUCUUCUGAUUCAAAGUUAUAUAGGUAAGAUCUAGGUUGGAGAUCGUUUAUGUUUUGCUCGGAAUCAAUUACUCGAGUAUGUGAUUUCAAAUAAUCCAAACAGAACUCAACGAUCCUUGAAGAACAAGGAUCUUCAUUACAGACAACCUUAGUUCCACCAUUUACAAGCCUUUGAUGGAGCAAUUUAGGCAAAUCGGCGAGGUUCUUGGAAGCUUAAACGCGCUUAUGGUGUUACAAGACGAUAUCUUGAUCAACCAAAGACAAUGCUGUUUGUUGUUAGAGAUUUUCAGUUUGGCGUUCAGCACCGUAGCGGAAGAUAUCAGACAAAACUUGAAGCUCGAAGAGAAGCAUUCCAAAUGGAGAGCCCUUGAACAGCCUUUGAGAGAGCUCUACAGAGUGUUUAAAGAAGGUGAAAUGUACGUUAGAAAUUGCAUGUCUAAUAAAGAUUGGUGGGGCAAAGUAAUCAACUUUCAUCAGAACAAAGAUUGUGUUGAGUUUCACAUACACAACUUGUUCUGUUACUUUCCCGCCGUGAUCGAGGCGAUAGAGACAGCUGGAGAGAUCUCUGGUCUCGACCCUUCUGAGAUGGACAGAAGGAGAGUUGUCUUCUCUAGAAAGUACGAUAGAGAGUGGAAUGAUCCUAAGCUGUUUCAGUGGAGGUUUGGGAAACAGUAUCUGAUUCCCAAGGAUAUUUGUAGCCGCUUUGAGCAUUCAUGGAGAGAGGACAGAUGGAAUCUAGUGGAGGCGUUACAAGAGAAGAGAAAGUCCAAGAGCGAUGAGAUUGGGAAGACCGAGAAGCGUUUAGCUGACUUUCUGUUGAAGAAACUAACCGGUUUGGAACAGUUUAACGGUAGGCUCUUCCCGAGUUCGAUACUCGUUGGCUCCAAAGAUUACCAAGUGAGGAGGAGACUAGGCGGUGGUGGCCAGUACAAGGAGAUUCAAUGGUUAGGUGAUUCUUUCGUGCUGAGACAUUUUUUCGGAGAUCUUGAGCCUUUGGAUGCGGAGAUAUCUUCUCUGUUAUCGCUAUGUCACUCGAAUAUACUUCAGUACCUAUGUGGAUUCUAUGACGAAGAGAAGAAAGAAUGUUCUCUGGUAAUGGAGUUAAUGCACAAAGAUUUGAAAAGCUACAUGAAGGAGAAUUGUGGACCUAGAAGAAGAUAUCUCUUCUCUGUUCCCGUUGUGAUUGAUAUAAUGCUUCAGAUCGCGCGAGGCAUGGAGUAUCUUCAUUCAAAUGAGAUCUUCCAUGGAGACUUGAAUCCAAUGAAUAUUCUUUUGAAAGAGAGAAGUCACACCGAAGGUUACUUCCACGCCAAGAUAUCCGGUUUCGGUUUGAACUCGGUCAAAACUUUUACUCGAGCUUCCUCUAGACCAACCACACCUGCUCCUGUGAUAUGGUAUGCACCUGAGGUUCUAACAGAGAUGGAACAAGAUCUCAAAGGUAUAACAGUUCCGAGAUCAAAGUUUACUCAUAAAGCUGAUGUGUAUAGCUUUGCAAUGGUGUGUUUUGAGCUUAUAACCGGUAAAGUACCAUUUGAAGAUAGUCAUCUACAAGGAGAUGAGAUGGGUAAGAACAUAAGAAGGGGAGAUAGACCUCUCUUCCCAUUCCCUUCCCCUAAAUACCUUGUUAGUCUUAUCAAACGGUGUUGGCACUCAGAACCUAGCCAGCGUCCCACUUUCUCUUCCAUUUGCCGGAUACUACGAUACAUAAAGAAGUUCUUAGUUGUGAAUCCGGAUCAGGGUCACAUUCAAAUCCAAACUCCGCUUGUUGAUUGUUGGGACUUGGAAGCAAGAUUCUUGAGAAAGUUCUCAAUAGAGACAGGGUCUCACGCGGAGUCCGUGAUGCAAAUACCGUUCCAGCUUUACUCGUACAGGGUCGCAGAGAAGGAGAAGAUGAGUCCAAACUUGAACAAAGAAGAGAGUUCGGACACAGGAGGUGAGUCUGCAUCAGAAAGCGUUUCAGAUCCACCAACAACGCCGAAGUAUACAAAGUCAUUGUGCUUAGAUGCAAUAUCGGAAUACUCAGAGUCGGAUACAAGAUCAGUUUACUCAGAGGCUCCCACGAAAAAGAUCUCAUCAGCUCUAAAGAAAAGUGGUGACAUGGCCAAACUCAGAAGAAACUCAAGCACAGGUUUACGGUCAACAGGAUCAUCGCCAGUAAAGCCAAGACCAGCACCAAACGUGACAUUGCCGUUAAGUCCGUUCGGAAGAAACAGCAAAGCAAGGAAGGAUACAAGAUUGCCUUUGAGUCCUAUGAGUCCUUUAGGCCAUGGAAGACGCAGACAUCUCUCUGGUCCUGCUUCGGACUCUGAGCUAACUUAGCUUUUGAAACC